AGUGUAUAUUCCUUUGACCACAAAAACAAAAACAAAUUCAAAAAACAAAGAAGACAAAGAAGAGCUGAGGAGAGUGAGGGACAGCGGAGGGAAUUACAUCACAAAAAAAAUUCAAAUUAAAGGUUAUUCCCGUUUCCCAAGAAUAGAUUCAAAUGGUUUGUCUUUAUUGUGCACAUUACUCAAACGUCACAAACACAAUGCGCGCAUUUCAUGCCAAGAAUUCAAACCUAUAAACAUUUUAAAACUGGAUCAUACAGUACACAUUCUUAAAUGCUGUAAUAAUUGUUUAAACCCUAAAAAAAACCAAAAAAUUAGAAACCCCAGAAAAAAAUUUAAACCCCUGUUUCAUGCAUUACAGCUGCUCUUUCCUCAUUUUCAUUCACUAUUCAUUUCUUGAUUUCUUUCCAAAUUUUGAAUAUUUUUACUUUCUCUGUCUUCUUUAAAGAGAAAGAGUAGAUCUUUCAUAUAUUUUCCCAUUUAAUUUUUUUUCCUGUUUCAAAUUAAAGAAUUUCAUCAUUUGAAUUUUGAGUUCAAUAUCUUCAACAGUAAUUCGACUUUAGUCUCUUUCUUUAGUCUUCUGCAUUGGCCCAGGUUAUCAAUGGGUAGGAAUUUGAGUCCUGCAUUGCGGCAAGAGUUGGCCAAAUUAAAGGAUGCAGACUGUAGGAGGUCUGCAAUGAAAGCACUGAAAUUGUAUGUAAAAGACAUGGACUCGAAAGCGAUUCCGCAAUUUCUUGCUCAAGUUUCGGAGACAAAGGAUGCCGGUUCGUCGCCGGGGGAGUAUACCAUUUCCAUCUAUGAAGUCCUUGCUAGGGUACAUGGGCCUAACAUUGUGCCACAACUUGAUAAUAUCAUGUCUUCUAUUAUUAAGACUUUGACUACUAGUGGAGGGUCAUUUCCUCUUCAGCAGGCAUGUUCUAAGGUGGUUCCUGCAAUAGCUAGGUAUGGGAUUGAGUCUGCUACGCCGGAAGAUAAGAAACAACAGUUGAUCCAUUCGCUUUGUAAGCCGCUUACAGAUGCUCUUUUGGGCUCUCAAGAGAGCCUGUCUUGUGGUGCUGCCCUUUGUUUGAAAGCCCUUGUGGAUUGUGAUAAUUGGAGGUUUGCUUCUGAUGAAAUGGUGAAUGAGGUUUGCUUAAAGCUAGCUAGUGCUUUGGAGGAUAAAUCGACACAAACGAACUCUCAUAUGGGGUUGGUUAUGUCGUUGGCCAAGCGUAAUUGUCUUACAGUUGAGGCUUAUGCACGGCUGUUGAUAAGGGCGGGGUUGAAUAUCUUGAAUUGUGGCCUGACUGAGAAGAAUUCGCAGAAACGCUUGACAGCUAUUCAGAUGGUGCAUUCCUUGAUGAAAUGCUUGGAUAUCAGGAGUAUAUUUUCGGAGCUAGACUCGAUUAUUGUGGAGAUGGAGAACUGUCAAUCUGAUCAGAUGCCAUACGUUAAGGGAGCUGCAUUUGAAGCAUUGCAGACUGCUAAAAAACUAUUAGUAGAUCAAGGAUCUAAGAUCAGUUGUGACGAGGUUUCAAUGACUGGUUCCAACUUCAGUAGGAGUAGUAAUAGCCGGAGACAGUUAUCAAGUCCUGGCAGUCAGUCACCGUCAUCUGUGUCACCCGAAUCACAGACCUUUGAUUCGUUUGGUGAGUCUUUCAUGGACUCGCCAAUGUCAGUGAGUCAAGCUUCGUGCAAUGGGAAUCAUAUAAGGAGAAAUUUAAAUAGGAAGCAAUGGAGUCAAGAAAAUGGAUAUGUGAAUGUGUCCCUAAAGGAUGGACUUUUCUCAGAACUUGCUCAAGAAAGCGUCAGAUCUCAUGUGUCCUCUGAACAGGAUGAAGGUUCUGAUAGUAGGAGAAGUUAUACUAAUGGAUUCCCAGGAUUUAUUCCUGGAACUCCAGUAAAUGGAUCACUAAGAAGCCGGCCUCAAAGUCCAUCAAAUGGAGCAUUCAGAAGGCGAGCUCAAAGUCCAGCAAAUGGAACUCUGAGAAGCCGACAACAAAGUCCGUCUAAUGGAGCAUUCAGAAGGCAAGCUCAAAGUCCAGCAAAUGGAGCUCUGAGAAGCCGACCACAAAGUCCAUCAAAUGGAGCACUCAGAAGGCGAGCUCAGAGUCCAGCGAAUGGAGCUCUGAGAAGCCGACCUCAAACUCCAGUACACAAAGCUUUGAGAAGCAGAUCUCAAAGCCCAUCAAUGAGAAGCCAAACUCCCAGUCCUCAGAGGACGCGCUCUCAGAUAAAUCUUGAUUAUGUUAAGAUUUUUACUACUCCGAGGAAGCUUGUUCGUUCACUUCAGGAUAAUGAUGAGAACUCAGACUACUUUGGUGAUCAAUCUAGAAGACAGAGAAGUCCUUGCUCAGCAAAUUGUGAAUGGAGCCCUGUAGUCAAGUAUAACCAAAGCAGUUGCUUAAAUAAAAAUAGGCCACAAGAUGGCACUGGCAACAUGACAGAUGGAUGUGAAGAUCAUCAAAGUCAUUCCAAUUCUAAUUCAGAAUCAGUCUCAUCAACUCAGGACGUUUUGGCAAUGGCUAAUGGCGAUGUCUCUCUCAAAUUGUUCCAUAAAGAUCAAAGUACAUCUGAGAAGAUUGUGAAAAUUCCUGGGCGGAACUUUCGGAAGAUGUCCACUUUGGUGUUGUUAAUCGUCCUGGUAUUCUCUUUAGGUUUUGCAUCAGUAUUAUUGCUAGGUGAUCAGGGUGAAUUUGUUGGAAUGGUUCCGACUUAGCUUCCAAUGUAGCAUGAUUAGAUCAUUUAGUUGUCAUUGGAAAACAGGAUUUUUUUUCCAUAAAACUAUAAGAGACCUACUUUGUAUCAAUCUGUUAAGCUGUAUUGUAUCUUGUACAAAUGAGUACUUGUUUCAUCUUCUGAAACUUCAAGUAGCUCUCUUUGGAGAAUAUCAUAGGUCUCUUCUGGCAGGAAAAUUAUGAAGUAUAAGAUUUCUCUUAAUUAUGCUUAAUUUAUAAAUUUCUUUUAUGAC